UCUAUAUGAACAGAGCAUUUUAACAAGUGUUCGAAAAGACUCGCUCGAGGGGGAGAGUCACCUCUGUUGCCUGUUUUCGUAGUUUACCAUUUUAAGCCAGGUAAUUUGCCCGUGAAACGGUGGCUAGACAGAUCAAGUCAGACCAACCUAUCGGAUUGAUCACCUAAAAUGGCGUUGCGAUUGUUAAUGGGAAACGAGUUGAAGGCUCUGUCUCAGCCAAUUACCCGGCGAUUCACUUCGGCUGCUCUAACAGAACGCCUUCAGGGCGAACUUCAGGACAUCCGGGAAGCUGGAACUUGGAAAUCUGAACGGAUCAUUACAUCAAAACAGGAUGUAUCAAUCAAGGUGCAAGGGAACAAUCAACCGAUCCUGAACUUCUGCGCAAACAACUAUUUGGGAUUAUCGAGCCAUCCUGACGUAAUCAACGCUAGCGUCAAAGCUUUACAAACUCAUGGAGCUGGUCUUAGUUCUGUCCGGUUCAUUUGUGGAACACAGGACAUUCAUAAGGAACUGGAGAACAAGAUUUCGUUGUUCCACGGCAGAGAAGAUACAAUUUUGUACGCCAGUUGCUUUGAUGCUAAUGCAGGCUUAUUUGAACAAAUUCUGGGACCCGAAGAUGCGGUCUUCUCUGACGCACUCAAUCAUGCCUCAAUCAUCGAUGGGAUUAGAUUAUGUAAAGCCAAGAAGUUCCGUUACGCCCACAAGGACAUGAAAGACUUGGAGGCAAAACUGGCGGAGAGUGAGGACGCCCGGACUAAGCUUAUUGCGACGGAUGGUGUUUUCUCCAUGGAUGGAAACGUGGCUCCCCUGAGAGACAUUUGUAAUUUGGCUGACAAAUAUAAAGCCUUGGUUUUCAUUGACGAAUGCCAUGCAACUGGCUUCUUCGGAAAAACGGGACGUGGGACUGAGGAGUUUUUUGGCUUGGACGGUCGGGUCGAUAUCAUUAAUUCUACCUUGGGUAAAGCAUUGGGAGGAGCUGCCGGCGGGUACACUUCAGCCCGCAAAGAAAUUGUUGACCUCUUGAGGCAACGGGCCCGUCCUUACUUGUUUUCUAACUCCCUACCUCCAGCCGUUGUGGCCAGUGCAGCCCAGGUAUUUGAUAUGAUUCAAAACGAUUCGUCUCUUGUGGAAAGAAUUGCCGAGAACACUACUCGAUUCCGGUCCAAAAUGACGGCAGCUGGUUUCACAAUUGCGGGCGAGAACCAUCCAAUUUCCCCGGUCAUGUUGGGAGAUGCUAAAUUAGCAUCUGAUUUUGCUAAUGACAUGUUGGAGAAAGGAAUCUAUGUCAUUGGAUUCAGCUUCCCUGUGGUUCCCAAGGGACAAGCUCGGAUUCGCGUUCAAAUCUCGGGCGCUCAUUCCUUGGAUGAUAUUGACCGCACGGUUGAGGCCUUCAUUGAAGUGGGCAAGAAACGAAAAGUGAUCUAAACCAUGAAAUAAGAGAAGGCGUGUUCGAUUUUCCAAAAUAUAUUUUCAUAAACAAUUCGUUCUUAGUUGUGAGAAACGUGUUCUUCCACAGUUGUUUCAUUGACUUGAUUUUUUAGGAAGCGAUCAGAGGAGAAUCAGUAACACUCGAUUUAGCGGAAGAGAGAGAGAAAGAAAGUGGCAGUUUUUCUUGUCAUGGAAGCAGAAUUAGGUAGAAGCGCAGCAGCACCUUG